AUGUCGGCGCUGAACGAUAGCCGCAAUACCAGCAGGCGUUCAUUUCUAGGCGGAAUAUCACAACCACAGCGACUACAGGGAACACCGUCCUCGUUGUUUCGCGACGAUGUGGGGGCAAGCAGUGGCGGAGGAGGUGACGGCACCUGCGAAUUCGAGGUGGGGUUUGACUGCCUCCACAGCAGCCGUAGCGAAGAGGAGGACGCUGCAGAUGUUGCCUCCUCUCGCGAGAAGCGUCUCAGUCGCGUUCAGCGAGAUGUACGUCGUCAUGAGGUUCAGAUUGCUGCUCUCCUCAGUGAAAGGCAUAAGCACUGUGAGCAUUUGGCCACCGUUUACGAGGAGCUGGAAAAGGUGCUUCACAAGCUUCGACUGGAACCGCCGCAGGACCUUAAACAAGACGCUGGGUCGUCCUCUUCUCCGAUGUUCUGUGCAUUGACCAAUGACGAGAAGGACUGCACACCACUGAGUACCGCUUCCACACUCGCGUCUUCGCUGCAGCAGCGCUUUCAACAGGUGCUCCAACGGCAUCAGGACCGGGUUUAUGAAGUGCUCAUUGACUACCGGCAGCAGAUAGACAGGCAUGAGAGCGAGACUAGUCGGCGCCUGCGCGCUAUAGAGGAUACAGUUACGCAGAUUCAGUCGGAUGUGCGCGAACUGCAACACAGAACUAGCACCCAGAUAGAGGACCUUCAGCACUUUCAGCAGAACGUGCAACAGCGCGUAGAGGCGGUGGCAGCGCAGCAAGAGGUGCAACGUGUCACCUUUGACGCUGCCGGCGAGAGUCGAGACACGAAGGCAACGAAGCUGAUGAGCAAGAUUCAAGAGGACGUGGCUCGAUUGAGGGCCGACACAAAGGUGGUGCGAACUAAGCAAAUUCAAAGCGAUAAGGAAUUUGGAGAGCAGAUUCGGUCACUGUUAUCAGCUCAGCGUAAGGCAGAGCAGACUCUGGAAGUGCAUAGUGCGUCUAUCGUGCAGCUGCGAAACCAGGAUUCGCUUGAGGGGGCUUUUCACGAGGUGAAAGACUGGCUUGGGGACCUCGAAAAGCGCAUGGUCAGCCGCGGCGAACUGCUGCAGUGGACAGAAUCCUUGCAGAGCGAAAUCCAUCAAAUCCGACGUGUCACAAGCGGAGCGCUCGCGCACACCGUUGAAUCAGUUGCACCCAGCCAAGACGCUUAG